CCAAUUUUCAUUGAUUUCCCACAGCGCAUGCCUCGGUUCCCGCCAUUUUUGGCAGCCAUACCUCGCGAGGCGGCCAUCAUAGCUGCACGCGUUUUUUUCGCGGCAAAGAAACCAUCUCAAACAGCCAAACAAUUUCAGCCAAAAUCGUCCUUUUUAAAUUAAAGUUUACCCGUUUUUGUGUGUGGACAAAUUAAAUUGCCUUGUUUGUUGUGUUUUUAAUUUAUUUUUUGUGUUUUUGCGUCGUGUUGGAAAAUUACUGGUGUUGUUUUCGACUUGGUGGGAUAAAAGUGGCUGGCAAGACGAAAGAACAUAAGUGCUGUGAAAAAGAAACAUACGUCAGUAAAUAAAAUUUGAAUUUGGAUCGUUAUAAAAUGUGCGACGCGACCGUAGUGUCUAUGGUUCCGGUCGGGAGGUGCUCGGGAGCAUUCGGUUGUUUCCGUGAGAGCUGUCAGUGAGAAAACAAAAUGGCGGAGAAAGUCAGCUGAUCGGAAAAGCGUCGCGCGCGCAGGGAACACAGCGAGCGGCGACAAAAACGAAUCAUGCAGGUGUUCGGUGAAUACGCCCAAGUGGAAGUGGUGGAGCUGGUGAACGACGGCUCGGGGCUGGCGUUCGGCAUCGUCGGAGGACGGUCUUCGGGAGUGCUCGUGAAGAGUGUCCUGCCGGGCGGCGUGGCUGAUAGGGAUGGCCGUCUCCGCUCAGGGGACAUGCUUCUGCGCAUCGGUGCAGUCAGCGUGGUCGGCAUGUGUGCGAGACAAGCCGCGGCCGUGCUGAGGCAGUGUGGAGCCUGCGUCAGACUGCUAGUGGCCCGGCCGCACACUGACUUGAGCUCCCAGUCCCUCGGCGCGUCGCCAGCGCCAGUCGUGCCGUCUCGCUUGCUCACGGAGCCGGCCGAGCUCGAGCGAAGACUGGCCGAAGCGGGGCACGAUGGCUUCGGAGUACUCUGUGACGAUGCACCGCCACCUCACCCUACCAUCAUUGAAGAGAGGCAUCUGAUGCGGCCAGUGGCAUCGAUAGUGGCGGUGGUGCCGCGCGGCGCGCUCGCCUCCCCGCGCCCCCCGCCCACCGUCUUCACCCCCGCGGACCAGACGCAGCCUAUGAGGCUCCCUCUAGACAUGGCAGUCAGAGGCACCAGCACUCCAGAGACGCUCAGCUACGAGGUGGAGCUCAACAAGGACUCGGCCCUCGGGCUCGGCAUCACCGUGGCCGGAUACGUGUGUGAACAGGAGGAGCUGAGCGGCAUCUUCAUAAAGAGCAUCGGAGUGGGCAGCGCGGCCGACUUGUGCGGGAAGAUACAAGUCAACGACAGGAUCGUUGAGGUGGACGGGGUUUCUCUGAACGGAGUGUCCAACCAUCGAGCGGUGGCCCUACUCCGAGACGCCAAGGGGCCUAUAGUGAGACUGAAGGCCAUGAGGUACCUGCGAGGGGCGGGGUUUGAGAAACUUCAGAGGGCGCUCGCAGCGCAGGACGGUAGACCCGUGGCACCCCCCAGCCCUAGUGUUACGUCGUUAACCAAAUAUAGCUUUAGUGUGUAUGAAGAAUCAACAGUAAUAGAAACCGAGCCAGAUUCGGAGGCAGCACCCCACCUCCCUUCCCCUACUUCCCCUACUGAAGAGCAAGAGAUUGUGAUAGGCGUAGAUGAUGACAACGCAGAGAAGGCCGAUGUGAGAAGGAUACAGGACAAGUGGCGGGACAUUUUGGAGAAGGAGCCUGAUUGGCCGGGUCACGAUCAUGGAUAUGAUAUUAUUGUGGGUACAAUAAUGAAAGAGAAGAACACGGGUCUAGGCAUCUCGCUCGAAGGCACGGUGCGGGUAGUGGGCGGGCGGGAGGUGCAAGCGAGACACUACAUACGAGCUAUUGCGCCCAACGGACCUGUGGCCAAACUGCGAGUGCAUACUGUUGGCGACGAGCUAUUAGAGGUAAAUGGUUGGAAAGUACUAGGAGCGCAUCAUGUGGAGGUGGUGUCCCGACUGCGAGCGGUGACUUCUCCGGUGCGGCUGGUGUGCGCUCGUGCUAGGAGAGACGACGCACAACGGAUAUAUGCUAGAAAUACCCUAGGAGGUUCCCUGCAAGACCUGCUGUCGCCGCCUCAAAGACUGAUCAAGGCCAAGUCUGAGAGUUCUGUGGCUUCUCUCUGCAGCGCUAGUACUGUCAUGUCGGCUGGGCAUGAUCAUGAUGAGUUCUGCACAGAGAGCCUGGAGCGCAACAAGUCCCGCUCGCUGGAGCCGCUGAGCGGGCUCGCCAUGUGGAGCGACCAGCUCGAGCUCAUCCACCUGCAGAAGCAGGACCGCGGCCUCGGCUUCUCCAUACUCGACUAUCUGGACCCAUCAGAGCCAGGCAGCUCAGUGAUCGUGGUCCGUUCAGUGGUGUCCGGCGGCGCGGCGGCGGCUGACGGGCGGCUGGCUCCAGGAGACCGGCUGAUGACAGUGAAUGGUGUUGAUGUGUCGCGCAGUCCAUUGGCUACUGCUGUGGCUGCUAUUAAGUGUGCUGAUAAAGGCACAGUGACGAUAGGCGUGGCGAAACCCCUCCCCUGUAGUACGGUAGUCGGUGGUCAGAAAGCCAAUGGACACACUAUAAGCAGCCAGGAAUGCAUUAACUCGUUGGCAUCAGAUGAACACACCGGCAUGGAUUCCUUCCACGAAUGCCUUCAAGAAUACGGAGAAGGUUUAGAAGUAGUACAAAUAUGCCUAGAACCAGAAGACUCCUCAAUAAAGGAUGAAGAAGUAUCCGCACUAGACUUUAGCUUAGAAGAGUGUUACGUAAAGAAAAUUGAGGACUGCACAGACAACAAAGAAACGAUAAAAGUCGAAAAAAUAAAAAUCAAUGGUAUCAAUAAUAUGGAGUAUUCAAAAUCAAAUGAGUCUUUAGAUGAACAUGAUGACGAUAUGACAAUAACUGAAGAUGACGUUUUGAUAACUCCUAGAGAGCUACCAGAACAUAGGCAUAAACCUGUAGAAGGAAAAGAGUCCAGAUCUUUGUCAAAGCAACAAAGUAAAGAUAUUUCCACGUCUGACGAAAUGGUUUUUGCAGUGACACCAACGGGUUUAGAAAGAAUUAGCUUUGAGAAGUAUUGGAAAGAUAAUCCAAACACCAUUGAUGUAGAAAAUUUACAUAAAGUCAAAAGUGACGAAAGCUGGAAAGAAUGCCUUAACACACCCAACGAUGUUACACCUGUUUACUAUGAAUCGAAAAUAUCCGUCCAAGAAAACAACACAUUAUUGUUUAUCGACCAUGACAUCGAUGGCUACGAAACAUGCCAAGACGACGAGUCUAACUCGACAAAAGUGAGCGUUAUAACAACAGAUCAUAAAACUAACGACCAUGUUCAGAUCAAAGAGAAAAAAGUAAACAAAAACGAGACAAACUUAAACAAACGCAACGAACCGAGUGCCAAAUCUGUCGGAAAAGCGCAGACCACUUCGAAUUGCGAUGACGAAGACUCGUCUUACGGCCGUCCUUACAUCCAAGAGCACAUCAUCAAACAGAUGCAGUCACUCCGAAUCGAACCCUUAAACGUAAACAUUAGCAGUAGAAAAAAGAAAGACAAAAAAGAUAGAAAGCGUAGUCCGACCAAACCCAAACGUGAUAAAAGUGAACGCAAAUGCAUCGAAUACUACAACGACCAAGCCGAAUGCCUAGAAGAGUACAAACGACAAAAGAAGCUACAAGAAGAAGAGAGCGAAUCCAAGAAGGAGCAACAGAAAUUGCUUCGUUCUAAUCUAAGCGUAAUGGAGAAGAAACUGCAACUCAAAAAGCAGGAACCAAGCGAAGAGUCAACAGACCAAGAAACGACCUACGUACCAGGCUGCCACAAAUGCUUUCUGGAAAACUACGCUUACCUAGCGAUUACAAAAGCAGUCAUAAACGAGGCGAGCAACUGCAAAUAUUGUGAAGUGAUCCGGGAUAUGCUUGAGCUAGAAUCGCCUAAAGAUUUCCCGGAUAGACGGAUGUCAGCGCCAGCGUUGAUCAGUUGGGACAGUGGAACCUCUGAGACUGAUGAAGAAGACCAAAGACUGCAGCUGCCAAAAGAUCUGGGAAAAGACAGAAGACAAUCGGCCGGUCCACUGAAGUUUCUCGUGCCUUCUAGAAGACUAAGUUACAUACCUCCACCGGCCAUGACGGUGACCGUAUCGCCGGACCGGCGCGGCGACCUCACGGCGCAGCGCUGGGGGCAGCCGAGGAAGGUCGUUCUUACCAGGACCCCAGGCGCGCCGCUGGGUGUCAGCAUCGUGGGAGGAAAGGUGGACAUAAUCUCCGGGCAUGAUGACGCCGACGGCGAGGAGAAGGCCAUCUUCGGCAUCUUUAUCAAGAAUGUGGUACCUGCCAGCCCCGCCGGGAACAGCGGGGAGCUACAUACCGGAGACCGUAUACUCGAAGUGGACGGAGUGUGCGUGAGGUCAGCGUCGCACGAGCGGGCGGUGCAGCUGAUCAAGGCGGCCGGCAACCAGGUCACGCUGACGGUGCAGAGUCUUGUCGCUUGGAACACGGACUCAUCGGACGUGGACGCGUCCCCCCCCGCCGCGUCCCCCACCCCCUCGGUGAGGAAGGGCCCGGCGCCGCCGCCGCCGUUUGUUGAUGGAUCCCCUCAGCAUGAGAUCAAGAUAACAGUAACAUCAGAGCCAGACAACGAGAAAGAGGAAGACGACGAACAGACAGAGAAGGAAGAUGCUCCAGCCAAGCCGGUCUACUCCGACAGCGAGAGCAGCGAUGAAGAAGAUGAGAGGGAACUGCAGGGGAGGACCUACUCCGAGAAAGGUGUUGAGAUCGACAGAGCCUCAGCCGGAGCCAUAAAGCGCAGUAAAGAGGAGAAGGAGGCCGACCCUGAAGAAGAAGACGACUUCGGCUACACGGCAAACAAAAUCCGCAAGAAGUACGCGUCGCUCGGCGACACUGUGGUCUCCGUGCGCCUGGAGCGCUCCCCCGCGGCCGGGCUCGGGCUCAGCCUGGCGGGGCACCGCGACCGCAGCCGCAUGGCCGUGUUCGUGUGCGGGUUGCACCCCGCCGGCGCCGCCGCCGCCGCCGCGCCGCCCGUGCUGCUGGGGGACGAGAUACUCGAGGUGAACGGUAUCGUUCUCCACGGGAGAUGCCACCUGAACGCGUCAGCUAUCAUCAAGGGCUUGCCAGGACCCACCUUCAAGAUCAUACUACUGAGGCGGAAGCACGCGUUGGAGGAUGUUGCGGUGAAGCCUAUCACACAGUUUCCGGUCGCUUUAGAGGAAGAGUCCGAGGACCGGUUCGCAAGCUACAAGGGAGUUCGCAAUGUCUCCAUCAAGAAAGGCUCCUCCAGCCUCGGCAUCAUGAUCAUCGAGGGGCGCCACGCGGAGGUCGGGCAGGGCAUCUUCAUCUCCGACAUACAGGAGGGCAGCGCUGCAGAACAAGCGGGUCUCCAGAUAGGUGACAUGAUACUGGCAGUGAACAAGGACAGUCUUCUCGGAUGCAGCUACGAUGCUGCUGCAGCGACGCUGAAGCGCACUGAAGGCCUCGUGGUGCUGACCGUCUGCAACCCAAACAAGAAGGACGACUCGCCCACCGACGAACUAGGAGGCUCUGUUGGAGGAGGCUCCAAAGGUCCGUCCCGUCCGGCGAGCAGGAACCAAACCCCGGACCCCGGCGGUCUGAAGGCGGGCGGCGCGUCGCGCCCCACCACGCCCAAACCUUCGCCUGCUAAAGUGGAACCACCUCCAGACCCGGCCACGGCUCCGAUAGUGCCCAACAAGGACACCGUCAUCGAGAUACCCACCAACAAUAUGAGUUUGGGACUGCUACUUCUUGGUGGCAGCGACACACUGCUUAAUGGUCCUGCAGCUGUAGUAUUAGAAGUAUACGCCAAUGGAGCAGCCGGAAAGGAUGGGCGACUAAAGUCUGGUGAUCAAAUUGUCGAAUGCGGUGGAGUGCCUCUGAAGAAGGAGAUGACCCAUGAGAGAUUAUGUCUGACAAUCAAACAAUCUGCACCUAAGAUUAAAAUGACAGUCUACCGUCCAGAUCCGCUAGUCUACACUGAUGUAGAAGUUGAAAUACCUCGAAAGCCUGGAAAGGGAUUGGGGCUAGGACUAAUGGCUAGGACACCUGGCCCCGGAGUAUACAUCUCAGAUCUGAUACCUGGGGGCCCUGCAGAUUUAGAUGGUCAAUUACAAAGAGGUGAUCUUCUCCACUCUGUCGACGGCAAAGAUGUGUCUACUGCUGACCACGAAACCGCCGCAGCGGCCUGUAAGGCGGUCGGAGCCAAAGUAAAUAUAAAAGUUAAGAGAUUUAAGAUUGUUAGAUAAAACAUUUAAAUGUGAGCCAAUGGAUAGUGAUGUGUACACGGGAAGCCUGGAUCUGAACACUGGUUUUCAUCAAAUACGAAUUGAAGUUAUCGUGAUUGAUAAGUUGGUAGUUUGUUGUUGAAUUGCAAUAGACUGUCCGUUUUGAAUAGGAAAUUGAUUGUUAAAUUAAAAUAGAUGGCCAAAGUUUACAAAUUCAUUUUAAAACAUUUGAGUUUUUUCUAUUACUGUUGUAUUUAUGUGGACUGUGUUGUGAGUAUUUUGACUUAAAUUAUUCUUAUUUAUUAUUGAAAUUAUCAAUCUAUAAUAAUUAUAGUAUAUGUGUGACCAAUAUAAUGAAUUAUCAAUACAUUAUAAACUUUAGAAACUUUUGCUUCAGUAAGUAUGUAGGUACUAUAUGAUUUAUGUUGACAUGUUCAUGCUUUGUUCCUUUAUGUAAAUGAUUUUUAUUUGAUAUCAACACAAUUUUUACUUUGUUCAUUUUUAGCUAUCAUGUUAUCAUUAUUUUGAUUAAAUAGCUACGCCAUUUAAUACUAUCUACAAAAAUCUG